UGUGUUGCCAUGGCAACAAAACGUAACAAAGUUGUACAGCCUAAAUGAACACCGCUUAUUCACCUACGAAGAGCUUAUUUUACUUUAUCUUUUCAUGUUUUUCUCAGUGUCACAACAGCAACUUUAACGGGUGAACGUGCUACAAAGCACAGUCAAAAUGACAGCCAUUCCGUUUACCUCAAGAACAAAGGGGGUGAAGAACAAAGUGCCUCUCAAGCCAAAAAGGGUGUCUCCAUCCACUUACACCCAGGAGAUGUUACAGUCUACAGAGGAAUGCCUGGCUAAUACACACAAGGUGCACCAGCCCCGGAUCCUGGAACUGCUUGAUAUGAGCAAGACAACGCAUCACAAACUGUCCUUAGUGGAUAUGGAUCAGCCGCUUUUCCAGCCCUACCCAUCUGAGCUGGUGUUCCAGAACUUCACUCCUGCACAGACCUACAGUUUACCUCUACUUCUCCACAACAAUGACAAGGUUCCACGACAAGUGAAGCUGGAGCUGCAGGACUCAGACUUUUUCCAUGUGGUGGGACCAGCAGAGGCAGGUAGCAAGGUUGCACCAGGGCUGGCUGCUACAUUCACUGUCCUCUUCACCCCGCAGGAAAACAAGGACUACCACCACAGACUGGUUUGUGUGACGGAGAGGGAGCGGUUUGAGGUCCCAGUCCGUGCUAUCGGACCACGUGCCAUUCUGGACUUUCGCGAUGAGCUCCAUUUGCCUGUGUGUCCCGUGAAAGCCUCCACAGAGAGGACUCAGCUAGUCCGUAACAUAGGAAACAGCAAGGCCAAGUUCAAGCUAGAUACACAGAGCCCUUUCUCAGUGACGCCCUCCUGUGGGACUCUGGAUAUAGGCGAGAGCAUGCAGGUGACUGUGAAUUUCAACCCCAUGACCACAGGAGACCACAGCCAAGAUCUGCAUCUGCACUACCACACUGGUGAAGAUGUAUACAUCCGCUUGUAUGGUGCAUGUGAGGAACUGGAUAUCCACCUUGAGCCUGGCUCUGUCUUGUUGAAGACUUACAUUUCCCUGGCCGACGUACACACAGUGUCCCUCAUCUACAGGAGUGAGAUCCCUCUGAAGUACUGUUGGACGACAUGGCCCAGCCUGCAAGAGGAGGCCCUGACCUUUUUGAGGGAGAGCUCAGUGCUCCUUCAGAAGGAGGAGGUGGAGAGGGAACAGUUGCUUCUUCAGUGUGAGUCUGACCCCACAGCGAUCCAUCGCCUCCCACUGCUGUCCAAAGCCCUGCAGGAACAGAGAAGCCAGGCCCUGUCACACAGCUGCAUAACUGUGGAGCCAGCGGAGGGUGAAAUAUGGCCAAACGUCCCAGCACAGUUCAAAAUUGUCUUCAAGCCUGAAGAGGCCAAAGUAUACCAACACACCAUAUACUGUGAUGUCACAGGCCGUGAAUCAAGGUUGCCUCUCACAAUAAGGGCUGAGGGCCUGGGACCUAAUCUCCAGCUCGACUAUGACCUGAUGGACAUGAAAAACGUAUUCAUUGGUGACAAAGACUGUUAUAAAGUGCAGCUGGACAACAGAGGACUGAUUGAUGCCCCUUUCAGGCUGUCAUGUCCUGACACCACUUUCGGCCGCUGUUUCUCCUUCAGUCCUGAGGAAGGUGUUGUUCCCUCCGGGGCCUGCCAGAUUGUAGAAGUCACCUUCCACAGUCGCAUCUUGGGAACUUUCUCUGAAGACUUGCUGCUAACUGUCACAGGACAGCCUCAACCACUUACUGUGACUUUCAGGGGUUGUGUCAUUGGUCCCACAUUCCACUUCAAUGUUUUAGACCUCAAUUUUGGAGAUGUAGCCUUUGGUUUCCCACAAACAUUGUCUUGUACCCUUAACAACACCUCCUUCGUGCCUAUGAACUUUGCCCUGCGUGUCCUGGUAGAUGGAUUGGGGUCUCCCAGUGUUACUAGUGCCAAACAGGUAUCCGAGGUGACCAGGAAGAAUUGGAAGGGCAGUGCUGCCAGAGGCCUUCAUGCACGGCCUGUGGAGUUCACCGUCACACCUGCUGCAGGCUCCGUGCCUGCCAUGUCAGAUGUCUCGAUUAAGGUGACGCUGUGCUCCAACACAGUGAAAGGAUACAGGGUGGCGCUGGUGGUGGAUGUUGAAGGUGUUGGCAAGGAGAUCAUGGGUCUGCCUAUCAAUGCCAGAUGUGUUGUUCCUGAUAUUGUGGUGGAGACUCCAGUGUUGGACUUUCAAAAAUGUUUCCUUGAUCACCGAUAUGAAGAGCGAGUGUGGCUGACCAACACCAGCACCUUGCCUGCCUGCUAUGGCCUGCUCGAUCAGGAAUAUGAGGAGAGUCCGUCACUGCUUUUUGGGAGUUCCUCACCCAGAGGAGUGAUCCUUCCUCAAAGUUCACAAGAGCUUCCUGUGUUUCUGAUAGCUAAGGCUGUUGGAAGGCAGCAGCACACUCUACGCAUUGCUGUGUUCGGCAGCAUCCAGCCACCCCUGGAGGUGGUCUUGUCAUGUAUUGGGCAGGGACCGACAGUUCAUGUUGAGAGCCCACAGCUGGACUUUGGAACAAUCCCAGUUCUAACAGACAUUACUAGAGCCCUGCAGCUGUCAAACCUGUCCCCUAUUCCAGCCCACUUUACUGCUCGCAUGAGCCGUGGAAGGUCCAUUUGGCGGGUUGAGCCCAGUGAGGGGAGCGUGCCACCACAGACCCAGCUGGAGCUGAGAGUAGUGGCACACCUGAAGGACUCGCUUCAUUUCCAGGCCAAGCUGGAAGUAUCUAUUCAGGACAGUCAAACACACACCGUGGCUCUCUCUGCAACAGGCACGGGAACCACAAUUGUCAGUGACAGGCCUUUUGCUCCCAACCUCGACCUUGGCACAUACUUCAGCCAUGGGUCAUGUGAGUACCACUUCAAGCUGACCAACCACGGCCAGUGUAUGCAGCGGAUGUACUGGAGGAAUGACGGCUCCCUGCCCUCCACUAAAACUCGGAAGGGGGGAAGCUUCUCUGGCCGAACUUCCCUGUCCCCCAUCUCCGCAAAAACUCGAAAAGGGGGAAGCUUCUCUGGUCGAACCGUCCUGCCGCCCAUCUCUGAUCCCAGGAAGAAGGAUGGUACGGCUCGUAGGUCUUUGCCCUCCUCUGGCAGGGAGAAGCCGGUGUUCAGGCUCAGGCCUUCUCGUGUGGAGCUUUCCCCAGGCUGCUCUGUUGACAUGGUGCUGACGGGAUCUUCAGACUCCCCCAAGGUUGUACAGGAGCGUCUGGUGUGCCAUGGCAUUGCGGGUCACCAGAACUGUCAAGAGCUCAUCAUGUCUGUAGAUGUUACCUGCUGCUUUGUGGCUCCGAUGCUCAGCAUUUCCUCCAAGCAGCUGAAAUUCUACAUAGAGAAGGUGCCAGGAAAGAGUCUAAAGCCACAAUAUGAGAAGCUGAUCUUGGACAAUGUGUCAUCUCUGCCUCUAUCCAUGGAGCUGUCUCUAGUAGAGCCGUUCUCUCUGUGUGAGGCCUCGGGAGCACAGAGCCAAGCUACCACUAAGUCCGUGGUUUUAGGUGAGGGGAAGCAGGCUGAGGUGUGGAUCUGCUUUAAUCCAUCUUACUGUCAGGAUCGGAUGUCACGAGUCGUGGAUGAGUUCCUAGAGAUACGCUACCAGGGACACCCACAGCAAGACGUGGUGGAGCUGCAUGCUGAGGCCCACUUCCCCAACCUCCACUUCUCCUCCACCACAGUGGAGUUUGGCUGUGUGCUCAACUGCACAGGGACUCGUAGGACAAUCUCCAUCACCAACUGCUCCCCACUUCCUGUGUCCUACCAUUGGGCUUUCCUGGAUGACCAGAACCACUGCACCAUUAGAGAGACAGAGAUGCUGGAGGCAGAGAAGGAGCAGAAAAAUCCAGAAAAUGAGAAUGAAGAAGGUUGGAGUUCCCCCAGAUCAAUUUCUCCUGCCUGUUCAGUUCCUCUUAGCCCCGGGCCUGUGGCAGAUCAACAGAGCAGCCCACCACGUCCUGUGGGUGUAGAAGAGGUUUUUGAUAUCUUGCCUAUAUAUGGUCAUCUGCAACCAGGGGACCAGCAGCAGGUCAUUUUCUCAUUCUAUGGCCAUGAAAAUGUCAGCAGAGAAGUGAUAGCACAGUGUCAUGUAGAGGAGGGGCCUACGUAUGAAAUCACACUCAGAGGAGAAGCGUCAGUGAUCAGCUACAGCCUCGACUCUGACCACAUUGACUUUGGUGUGCAGUUGUUUGAUCAUGAAGGGGAAGCUUGGGUGACCCUGAGGAAUACUGGGAAGGUGGGUUUUAAGUUUAGCAUCAUACACCCUGAAAGUGAGGAUGAAGAGGCAGCUGAGGAGGAGAGGAAGGCCCUGGAAGAGGAGCACAAUGACACAGAAGAGGAGAUCAGACCAGGCCGGCCCUUGGUCAUCCCCACAAUGGGCUACAUUGAUGCGGGGGCGGAGCAAAGUCUGCGUGUGCUCUACCUCCCGGGAAUCCCUGAGGUCUUUGAGAAGCGGCUACAGCUGCAGGUGGCUUUCCUGCUACCACAGGACAUCAGGCUGACAGGCCAGGGCGUGUUCCCAAGGAUCAGCCUCAACUUGCCGCAAAACCUGUCAGAUGAGUUCUACAGUGAUGUGGUGCAGCAGGCCAGAACGUCUGUGGAGGGAGAUAGAGUCAGAGCGGAGCUUGUGAAUGGAAUUACAACUGGACAAGGAGCAACAACGGAGGCCAACUCCACCCUCACAUAUGAAGAGCGGCUUCACAUGGAGAUUGAGAGAACGCUGGUCAAACAGAAUGCUCUCGCUGUGACCAGGAGCCUGCUGGAGCUCAGGGACUUGCAAGGUUCCUCCAGAAAGUGGCACAAACUUAGCCAGUUCCUGCUCCCAGAGUAUAUUUUGGAUUUUGGUUAUGUCAUUCCAGGCAAAGUUCUCAGUCACACUGUGAAUGUGACCAACACUGGCUCAGUGGCUGUGUCCUUCAAUGCUAAUGGCAAGCAUCUAGCUGGCACAGGAUUCAGUUCAGAAUUCAAAAGAGUGAAAAACCUGCCCUGCGGCGAAACACAGGCCUUCACGGUUAAAUUUGACCCACAAGGAGCCAAGCUGAAAACAGGGGACAUAAGCGUUGUCAUGCCAAUACAGGUGACAGGCGGCCCAGUGGUCCAGGUGCGGCUGUGUGCAGUGGUAACUGUGCCAGGCAUCACUGUUUCUACGGAUACGCUGCAGUUUGACACUGUGCAGUAUGGCAUGUGUCAGAUGAAGACCAUACAGCUGUUUAAUCACGAGUCUGUGCCUUGCUCCUGGAGUAUAGCUGAGAAGGUGGAGCCUUUCAAAAAGAUAGAUAAGUUCCUGCCUCUCCACCAGCGUAAAAAGGUCUUGCAGAAGCAGCGACCGCCUCCAGUGGUGUUUAAGAUGACUCCCAGCUCCGGCAGGCUGUCUCCGGGUCAACGAGUCAACGUCCAGAUAAAGUUCAGUCCAGCUGAGGGGCAUGCUUACAACAGGCAGCUAGUGAUCAGCCUGGCUGAGAGCACCCAGCAAGUGUUCAUUACAGCCCUGGGGCACUGUGAGGAGCCCCAACUGGAGUUCUGCCCGUCGGUGCUGCAGCUGGGGCCUUGCCUGCCUGUCAGCACUGAGGUCGAAGCUGAGGUCAUCGUCAAAAACCCCUGCCCUUUCCCCGUCGAGUUCUACUCCUUGGAAUUGGACAAUCAGUACCUUGAAGAAGAAAAGAUCCUACGUCUGAUGCAGGGUUAUGAUGAGAACAAUAUUUUACUGCUGCCUCCCAGAACCCCUGGAGAAGGUCUUCCCACAGAACUGCUCGACUUCUACAAGGAUCACUGCUCCCAGCUGAAAGACGAUGCAGAGCUAAAGGAAGGCUCGGAUGAAAAGGAAGACACACAGGAUGAAGAAGAGAGGUCAAGACCAAGCAGUGCCCACCCACCAGACAUUAAAGUGGAAGACAUACACGCUAUAACUGUGAAACCAGCUGAAUUACAGAUGACCAGAGAGGGAAGCAGUGAGAGACUGGGCCAGCUAGAGAUGACUCCUGUCUGCAGAGCUAUUGCUCGCCACAUGUGUGUAGAUCUGUCACCUGAGGGUCUGGCUGCCCGCAACCGGAGAGGCAUUGCUAUUAUUGUAUAUGGAGCCCCAUUGACAGAUAAUAGCAGCACAGCGGCUCCUCUGGCAGGUCACUAUGGAGGAGCGUGCCUCAGCAUUGAUGCUGUGAUCACUGAGGUGUUGCUAAAUGGCACUUCAACUGUUAGUAUGACUGCAAGACAGAUCUAUGACCGUGCUGCUGCCGAGUAUGCUGAGAAGAAGGCUGAGGAGGCUGCUCAGACCACAGAACCGGGACAUACAGCACAUCUUGAAGCCUCAGAUCCAGAUCGAACUUCACAUGAUACUGUGGAUGUUCCUGUAAAACCCAGUGAGGACAGCAGCAGUCGAGAUGACUCCAGGGCUCCUCAGGAGACUGAAAACACACUGUUAGCCCUUUGCCUGGGAGGAGACGUGAGCACACUCAGCAAUCUCUUGCCUGAACAGCUACUGGUUGAUAUCCUGGCAGAAAGAUUCCAGCUAAGCGACUGUCACUGUGGCAUAGUGAUUGAUGGCCUGGAGUCUGUGUACACUCAGUCAGCAGCCAGCAUGCUGCAAGUUGUUCUCAAGGCCCUUAAUAACCGCAAACACAUCUAUGUCGUCAACUUGUGUGACUCCUACGCUGCCCUGAAGGCACGAGAGAAAGCACAGAGACAAACUGAGGAGGCUCUGCAGAAAGAGAAAGCUGACAAGGAGGAGAAGUGGCUGCAGCAGCUGGAUGAGGAGGAGUAUGACGCUCUGCCAGAGGAGGAGAAGGAGCGUAUUGCCCAGCGACAUAGAGAGAAGCGCAGACAACAGAAACUCAGGGAGCUCGAGCGUAUAGAGAAAGAACAGGAAGAAAAGAGGCAGCAGGAAGAGAUGAAAAGGUUGAAAGAAGAAGAGUUGAAGAAGAAGAGCAAAAAGGGUGUAAAGAAGGAUACUAAAGAAGUGCAGAGGAAGAAGAGUUCCCUGGAAGGGAAGCAGUCAACAGAUCCUGUGAAUGGACAGGGGAGGUCUUCCUGUAACAACUCUAAAGAGUCACUGGUGGAGGCAAGAGAUCAGCAUCCUUUAAGUGAAGGUGAAAUGCAUCACAGCAAAGAGGCUGAUGAAUUACAAAAGCAGACAGAAGAAAACAAAACAUUACAUGCAGAGUCUCCUCUACCGACAGACAAGCUGGAGAAGGAAAAGUCCAUCCAGCCUAUUGUGGACAAGCUGCAGUCUCAGUUCAUUGUGUAUGAGAAGAUCCAGGACCAGGUGGAGCAUGUCCUGCAGCACUGGGACCGAACCCAGGGCUUGCUGCUGGUCCCGCUUCCCAGUGAAGAAGUCCCUCCAGUGUCAGAAGAUGCCACAACAGAGAAACAUACCCCUGUUGGCAAGAGGCACAAGAAAACCAACAGCAAGAUCACGUCUCCAAUGCCCAGUCAGAUCUUAGCACCAGCUGAAACGGACAGGGAAGGAGACAAAGUGUCUCCACAGGACAUCAUCCCUCAUAUUGUGCUGAAUGUCACAGGGGAAGACUGUCCAAGUGCCACAGAGCUGCUCAAAGGCGGCAUCCUGCCUCCAUUGGUCGAGGUGUUGGAUGAUUUGGGGUUGGGACCCAGCGGCCCACCCAUCCCUCCUCCAGUCACCUUCUCUAUGCUUCCUUUUCCCAAAAACAGGGAGCAAUCUAACUGUCAACUCACCUGUAGCUGUUUCACCUUCCUGAUUCCCUCAGGACAGGAGGAGCAGGGUGAGGAGAAGAAAGACUCAGGGGAAGAUGUGCAAGCAUCAGUUGCAAAGGAAGAGGCACCGACAAGAUUUUCCAAAAGUCGUGGCAAGGGCAGCAUUAAGGAGAGUGCAGUAACAAAGGAGAAGGAUAAAAAGGGCAGAGAAAGUCAAAAGAGCAGGAGACAAACUUCAGCCAAGACUAAAGCGAAGGGCUCGGACCGCUCUCGCUCACCGAUGUUACGCGUCUCCUCCACAUCUGACUGCACCGAACAAGACCAACACCAAGGAAACCUGGAGCUGAAACGUAACCAGAGCCUGACAACAUUUCGCUGGGUUGUACCAGCCAAUGGUGAGGUGGUUCUGAAGAUCUGGUUCUACUCAGACUCCCCAGGGAAGUUUGAACAGACCUUCAACUUUGAGCUACUGGGGACCCGGAGACAAUACCAGCUCCUCUGCAGAGGAAUUUGCACCUAUCCCUCCAUCUGCAAAGACUACAUGACUCUUUUUUCCCUCAGUAAACGGGUACCACAAGUAGAAGAAGAGCUCCAGAAGGCUUACAUAGUCAAAUCUGGAUACUUUGAGUUUGGACCAUUACUCUGUGGCAAGACCAGAGACAGGUACAAGGAAAACAGGUACCCAGAGAACACGGAGAGACUCGUGAUUCACAAUAAUUCAGGCCUGGAGGCUGAGGUUCAGUUCCGUUUCCAGCAUGAUAGCCAGGCCACCACAUAUCUGCUGGACCCCCCAACCAUGACCCUGAAACCUGACCAGAAACAGGAGUUGACUGUGUGGGCUUACCCAACAAAACUGGGACAAAUGAAGGACAGUGUUGUGUGCUGUAUUAAAGACAAUCCAGAGCUUGUCAUCGUCAACCUCUCCUGCUGGGGUGUUCGGCCAGAGCUGGAACUGGAAAGCAAGCAUUUGCACUUCAACAGGACUUUGCUGCACAGGCGGGACAGCCAGGGUGUGACGCUGCAUAAUAAGACCGCUCUGCCUGUCUCUUGGAGACUACAGGGUGUGGAGGAGUUGGGUGACCAGUUCAGUGUGCCGCAGGAUCAGGGCAUCAUCUCACCUAACUCCUCUUUCCUCCUGAGCUUGCACUUCAGGGCCAGGAAGCCACUCGCCAUUAAGAAGAUCUUACGUCUGGAGGUGUCCGAUGUGGAGAAGAUUUUAGGCAUUGUACACACAGAAAACAUCCAGGUCACAGCUGAAGCCUAUGAUAUAGCCCUGUGCAUCACACCAGAUGGCUGUCUUGACUUUGGAACCACCAAAGUCUUUGAAGAGGCCAAGCUGUCUCUCAGGAUGAAAAACCAAGGAAAAUACGAAAUUGCCUACAAGUUUACAUUUCAGCAGACCAAACCGGCCCAGCCAAACCUAGACUCCAUUUUCACCGUGUCCCCCUCAAGUGGUUCUCUAAUGCCCCACGAGAAGCCCACAGCAGUGCAAAUCCUCUGCAGAACCAAUGCAGAAGUCCUUAUUGAAGAGCAACCGCUCCUGUCUUGCCAGGUGAUUGAACCCAACAUUGGGAAUGGAGGAGAAGCCAUAGCUGUCCUCGCCAUCAAGGUUUCGGUCAAGUCUGUCUUCUCCAGGUACAAGAUCACACCUGCAUGUGACAUCAAUUUUGGUCCACUGGUCUAUGGCAACAAGAAAAGCCAGAGCUUCACUAUUGAGAACAACGGAGCUUUUGAUACACGUUUCAUCAUCUGUCGCAUGAUCACGGACCAGGCACCGACCGGGAAGCCAGGGGGCCCAGGUAGGAAGAUACCUCAAGAGAGCCAUUCAGAGAGACUCACUGGGGCCCCGAGCAAAAUGAGACGCGACUCCUUCCAGAAAGACAUGAAUGUUACACAGAACCGCCUCAACAUGGGGGUGUUCUCGGUGUGUCCCUGCAGCGGGAGCUUGCAGCCAGGGUCUCAGCAGGUUGUGACAGUGGACUGUGCAGCUGAACAGCUGGGAAACUGGAACCAGGGUUUGCUGAUAGACAUCAGUGACCGUGACCCCUCAGACCAUCCUGAUGGCAUACCGUACAGACUGCUGGCUGAAGUCUGCAAGCCGAGUAUAGCAUUAGACAUGGCUUCCAUCUUUGAAGAACACCAUCUGUGCCCUGACAGCAGUCAGCUCUCCUCGGAGCGGUUUUUCAGUGCUGAAGGCAUUUACAUCCAGGAUGAGAACAAGUUUAUUUUCAACAAAGUCCUGAUUGGGCGAACUGCCCAGGCUCGUUUCAAACUCACCAACAACAGCAGGGUGCCCUGUGCACUCAACUUGGCCAUCAAAAAUGUUGCUGUUAAGACUGCCCGUAGCGUGGAGGUCUUUGAUUUGUCUGCUACAACACUGAGCAUUCCCGGCCAAUCACAUUCAUUCGCUGUGGUCACAUUCACACCCCAGACGAUGCAGUGCUAUAGUGCUGUGUUUGAGGCCACUAUGGAGUUCACUACCAGAAUGACACCCACAUUUAAGAAAAAGGUGCUGGAGUUCGACUUGAUGGGAGAGGGCAAUCUGCCCAGUGUGUGUGUGGUGCGUCCAGCUCUGAGGAACAGCAGAGGAAGCCCGAUGCUGCAGUUUACACGAGUAUUAGUAGGACGCAGACAGACCCGGGCCCUGGUUCUGCUGAAUGAUGGAAAUGUUCAAGCUGAGGUCCAAAUUGAGAUGCCGGAUAAACAUGGAGUGUUCACCUUGAAAGCUGCUCCUGGCAACACUUGCAGUUCCAUUUAUUCCACACAAAUUGAGAGCACCACCGACUCAGAGCAUCAGUUGGUGCACAGAGCCGUCCUGAAGCUGAAUGUUAACCAGCAGGUGGAGUUUGAGGUCAGCUUCUGCUCUGAAAAGCAGAAGAGUGUCACGGCCGAGAUGUCUCUCCAGGUGGAGGACAACCAGCACAGCAACACCAUCAUACAAGUGACUGGAGAAGCUUACCAGCAAAUUGUGUCUCUUGACAACAUCAGCAGGUCGUCGCAGGAAAUAGAUAAAGAAGAUGAUGAUGGAGGUAAUUAUGAGGUGCUGAAUUUUGGUGACUGCCAUGUAGAUUGGCCCUACCAUGAGAGUUUCACCAUGACCAACCACAGCAGCGACCAGGUGAUGAGGUUUGAGUGGCCGUCCGCUGGAGACCACCUGUCUUUUGCACCACAGGUGGGACACCUUCAUGCUGGUUGCUCUAAGGAAGUUACUGCCACCUUCUGCUCCAAUCAGCCAGUGACUCUGACCAGCCAGCCAACGAGAUGCAAGAUUAGUCAGGUGGAGUUCCAGCAGCCAGUAGAGCAGGUGGCUGACUGGGACGACCGGCAGAGGACGGUACAGUGGCUGAGUUCCUCCCAGCAGGCUUCAGGAGGAGUAAAGAAUAAGGUUGUGAAGACAGAUCCUGAGCCCUGCUGCUCUGUGGUGGAGGGCUCCCAGUGGGAGUUGGAGUUGCGUAUCAGCACAGUUUGUGACUAUGUGAAGUUCAGCUGCAACACUGAGGCCAUCCACUUCAAAGACACAAUGCUUUACCAAGCCAGGCUGCACCAACUGCAGAUCGUGAAUCACGGUGCUGUCAAACUGGAAUUUUCCUGGCAAGUCGUUAUGGAUCCAAAGGACAACAUUGUAAACAAUGACCAAGGAGAUGGGACCCUGACCUCCCGACCAGGCAGCAGGGCAGCAGCAGUGGUACCUGAAGCCCGUCCUGCCAGCGCUCUGGCCAGCAUGACGUCUCUUCUGAUGGGUAAUCCUGAGCUUCCACCAAUCAGCAUCGAGCCCACGGUCGGGGCCAUCGAGCCUGGUGCCGUUCAGAAUUUCACCGUUCGCUUUUCACCUCUGGAAGUGGCCCAGUUUCAGGGCAGGCUAGUGUGCAGUAUCCCCAACUUGCAGGAUGGGGAUCAUGCUCCCUGCAUCUCAGUGUGUGGUCGCAGCCUGUUGCCCUUCUGCCACUUUGACCUGGAGGACUCAGAUUAUAUCAGUGGGAACCGCCGUAACCCUGAAUUCCGGAGCCCUCUGGACCCGAACAUCAGAGUCAUAGAGUUCAAAUCUGUUGGAUUCACUGUGCCAUCGACAAGAUGUUUCAGUGUGGUGAACCCAACCAGUAAACCCUAUUCCUUCAAGUGGAGAUGUGAAGACACAGAUGGCAGUCCUUUCUGCUGCCUCACCCCAUGUGGCACCAUCUUGCCUGGGAAAAAAGUGGAAGUGUGUUUUGAAUAUGCAGCUGAGCAGCUGGAUGCGGUGGAGUCAUUGUGGAGCUUCACCAUUGAGACUCUGUCGCUGUCUGUCCCCUUCCUGUGUGUUGGCACCGCUAAGGAACCGCUGCUCUAUCUUGAUAAACCUCACCUCGACUUUGGAGAAGUGCUUGUUGGCCGUAAAGUGGAACAGAGAGUAGAUGUGGUGAAUGUAGAGGAGGAGCUCUUCCACUUCUCUGUCCUGCAGUCGUCUCUUCUGUGUGAUGAUCAGAAGUCCAGCCUCAUUGUGCAGCCCAUGACUGGCACAGUGUCACCCAAGGACAGGUUGCCGCUGUCAGUGUCCUUCACGCCUUGCCAGGAAGGCGAUGUGAGCUUCAGAUUGGUUCUGAGGGUGAAGAGGAAGUCAGAGCCGCUCACACUCAUGGUUAAAGCAGAUUGCUUCAGCAUGAGCACUUCUGUUCAAGUUGAGAAGCCAGAGGGAGGCCUCAGAGAGAUCAGCCCUCACCACAAAGACACUCUGGACUUUGGAAAGGUGGGGAUUUCAGAGCAAUCCACCUUUAAUUUCCUGGUAUCCAACUUGUCAAGAUUCAGCCUGGAAGUGACCUUUGACCUAACAGGUCCCAGUGAGCUGCUGCAACACUUACAAGCAAAGCCUCAAAAUGAUACAAUUGAGGUUGGGAAGCAGCUGCAACCUGCACUCUUCUUUAGUCCGCGGAGCAUCUGUAACCUCCAGGAUGUCAGCCUGAGUAUCAAGGUGAAGCAUGGGCCAACAUUUACCUUUGCCCUUGAAGGCAGGGCUGUCUCACCUAGCCUUGACUUCUCCUUCACUAAGCACAACUUUGGCAAGUGCUUCCUGUGCAGUCCGGGCAUGGCGCCGGCCUCCCAGACUCUAGUGAUCAGCAAUAAAGGCAAAAGGGACAUCAGUGUCCAGUGCCAGUUCAAAAACACCUCUUGCCUAGAGUUGGACUUCCAACCAGAUAUUUUGUCCCCUGGUGCUGUGAUGGAGGCACGAGUCAACUUCUAUCCUUGCGAGGCGCGGCGUUACCAUGAAAAACUCACCUUCAUUCUUAACAGCUGUGUAACAAAACAUGUGGACAUCCUGGGGCAAGGCAUCGAGAUGAAGCUGGAGGUGGAGGACCCGAGGCAGAGGAAAGUGAAACUGGGUUCUCUGAUGUUGGGUCAGAAGGUGAAAAAACAAGUCGUCCUGGUCAACCGAAGCCCUUUAGACCUUGUCUUUACUUUGGCACUUAACACAAACACACCACUGGACACAAAGGAUCUGUCAUUCAGUCCAGCAGGUGAGCUGAACCUGAAGGCCGGUGUUGGGUCAUGUACUGUUGAGAUCCAGUUCUCACCUUGUCAGCACAUCCCUCCCUUCUCUGCUGAGCUGCAGGCAGAGAUAGCAGGCUUGUUACACCCCCUGCUGACCAUUCAAGGCUGCUGCCAGGGGGUGGAGGUCCAGCUGGACCAGGAGCAUCUAGCCUUUGGAGCUGUUGUCCAGCGCUGCCAAGCCAAGAAGAGGGUUGUUAUGGUGAACACUGGAGACAUUGGUGCAAGGUUCAAAUGGAAAACAGAUACAUUUCCUCCAGAGUUGUCCAUCACACCAGCUGAAGGCUAUAUCAGUCCAGGCAUGGAGGUCCCUUUUAAAGUGACCUUUGCCCCUGUGGAACUGAAUAAUGACGCCAGAUAUGAGAACCUGUCUUGUUGUGUGCAGGGCUCGUCCUCACCCAUUACCCUCACUGUGACCGGCUCCUGCAUUGUAGCCUCCACCAGCAAAGAGGUGGUGAGUUUUGUUUGUCCAGUCCGUGGCUCUCACAGCCUCACCCUGCCCGUCUUCAACCCCACCAACCAGCAGUGCAGCAUCAGACCUGUCAUAGAGGGCCAACAGUGGAGCGCUGCACCCUUAUUGGUCCUGGAACCGCUCCAAAACAAGACUUAUGAAAUCACCUACCGACCACUGUCCAUGACUGCUGAUGGAAAUAAACACUCGGGAUCAGUCUUUUUCUCCUUCCCUGAUGGGACCGGCAUGCUGUACGCCCUGCAGGGAACUGCUGAGCCCCCAAAGGCAGAGGACACCAUCGUAAACGAGCUGCCUGCCAAGACUCAGCACACAGAGCUGCUCUCUGUGCAAAACUGGCUCUCCAAGCAACAGCGGUACGGGGUGCUGAAGGAGAUCCUGAAACCUGACAAGCCAGAUGCGACAGUUUCCCUCGAUGGUCUAGAAUACAUUGAUGUUCCAGCUCUGGCCAGUCGAGACUACAAGAUUAAUUUCUUUACAUACAGAGAGGGGCAGUACAACACCAAGGUGACGUUCUGUAAUGAGGUGUCUGGUGAGUACUUGUACUACCUCGUUAACUUCAAGGCCACAUCUCCAGGAGUGGUGUCCACCAUAGAGCUGCAGACAGCUGUGCGUCAGACGGCCUCGGCUGCUGUCCAGGUGGAGAACCCCCUGACCACAGUUACCUGCCUCACCACUGAGUGUAAAUGCCCCGACAUCAGUGCCCCGCCUCAGCACACGGUACCAGGACAAUCCAAGAGCUCUCUGAGCUUCGAGUACCUGCCCCUGCACGCAGGUGAGUCUACAGCGCGGCUAACUCUGUUUAGCAACGAUCUGGGCUACUUCCACUACGACCUGCUGCUCAGAGCUCUGCCCCCGCCACUAGAGAAAACAGUCCACUUCAACACUUCUCUGGGCAGCAGCCACUCUGUUCCUGUUAAGUUUAUCAACUACUCCCGCUUCAAAACGGAGUACUCAUGCAAGACUGAUUGUCCAGACUUCCGAGCGGACAGGUCCGGACUGAGCCAGAUGGGGUCAGAGGCCAGCGUGGAGGUUUGUUUUGAACCUCAUCAGCUGGGGGAAGUGAGAGGCCAGCUCAGCCUGUCCUCAGGAAUCGGAGGCGAAUACAUCUUUCCCUUGCACGGGACCUGCGUCCCUCCCAAAGCCCAGGGCCCGUUCAGCAUCAGGGCCGGUCGCAACGUCACCAUCCCCUUCAAGAACGUAUUCCUCCAGACCACCGCCUUCUCUUUCCAGGUGGACAAUCCCUGUUUUACUGUUAAAGCGGUGGACCCCAUCCUCUCCAAAAGGACCCAAAACAUCGUGGUGUCCUUUGAGGCCCCUUCAGGAGGUUUUCCGGGGCCGUGGUUUGGCAAGCUGACCGUCUCCAGCCAGCGCUCUGAGGGCCACGGCAAACCUUGUUCCUGGGUUUAUUACCUGAAAGGCUAUCGCCCCGACACAUCUUAGACAUAAAUAUGUACACACAGGUACUGAACACACAUGUAACUGGCUGUGCAGAAUAAAAAAAACAAACAGAUGCCAAAAUAGUUGCAGUGGAAACCAUUGGGACUCAAGCCUUCAGUUACUUUUAUGAUGCUUCAGUUUAAUAUGUUGACAAAUUACAGCCAAUUACAAUUGCAGCCAGAAUUACUCUGUGUAUAUUUAUGUGGUUAAAAUAAUUAGUUUGUCACAAAUGUGUUCAUAAAUAUUUCAAUAGUCAACUGAAUAAAACUUGCUGAGAAAA